AUUAUACUUUUAGGGUUCUUCCGUUGGGGCGGUCGAUCCUUUCGCUCCCUCCAGCUCGCUGCUGGAUCGCGCAGACGCUGGGAUGGCUCUAGUUCCCAGGAAUUUCCGGCUGCUCGAGGAGCUGGAGAGAGGGGAGAAGGGCCUUGGCGAUGCGUCUGUGAGCUUGGGCAUGGAUGACAGUGACGAUGUGUACAUGUGUUCGUGGACUGGCACAAUUCUGGGGCCUAGCAAUUCUGUUCACGAAGGACGCAUUUAUCAGCUUAAGUUGUACUGCGACAAAGACUAUCCGGAUAAGCCACCAAGUGUGCGAUUCCAUUCGCGAAUCAACAUGACUUGCGUUAAUCGCGAGACUGGAGCUGUGGAACCCAAGAAUUUUUCUUUGCUCUCGAACUGGCGACGCGAUAACACCAUGGAGGACAUACUGAAGCAGCUCAAGCGUGAGAUGGGAGCUUCUCACAACAAGAAGCUGCAGCAGCCGCCCGAGAAUACUUUCUUCCAUCAUUGACGUCGUCUCUUUCCCCGUUCUUCUCGAAGGCUUCUUUUUUUUUUCCUUCAGUGGUAUGCCGGUCGUCUCUCCCGGACCGGGCCUCUUCUACUGUUGGUACUCAAAUGUAAUGUAGUAUUCUCCUGAAUACAGGUUUAUGCUUCUUCUUCCCCGUU